UUCUUGACCACCUGGAACACGACGUUCAUCUGCUUCGGCCAUUUUCUUCUCGCAUGCUUCAUGUUUUUGGGCUGACGGACUAUUGACCAAUUCCGCCCGCGGGAACGUUCGAAUGUGGCUGCGCUAUUUCCACGAUCUUUCGACGACGGCUUCGUAUUAAGGGGAUCCAACUUUGAACGCCAAGGCUUUAGUGUCAAGCUUCGUUCCGGGGGGGAGGUUCAGUUCAGGCUUCGUCUUAUGGAGAAGGUGCGGGUUUGGUGCUGCUGUGGAGUCUCUGCAAUCAUCUUCAGCGUCUCUUAUGCAGUCUCUGUCUUCUUCUUGGCUAUUGGAAGUACACUGGGAGCAUUCGCCGGAGUUCUGCUCGGCAUAAAAAGCCAGAGGGGCCUCUUCUGUAGCAUGGCGGUAGGAGCAAUUUCAGGCGGCGCGUUCUUGAUUAACGCCUUCAAAACAUCCGUUUCUUUCUGGUUCUCCGAUGAUUGUUCACCUGGCGACCUUCUUCGAUGGACUGACUGGACGGCAGAACUUGAUGCGGGAGAAUUAGUGCAACAGUUCUUGUAUAGUCUCACCCUGUUGAGAUUAGAGCAUACUCUGGCAUAUGCUGACAAUAUGAUUACCGAAAUCGUGGUAGACCCGGCCAAAAUAUCGAAGCGUUCAUUUAAAAGGAUUCAUAGGAUCAGGCUAACAGAGGACCACUUGAUGGAUUCUUCAGGAAAUAGAAACUCCUGCUCGAUAUGCCUUCAGGACUUCGAAUGCAAAGAUGUGGCGAGGAGGCUGCCUGCCUGUCGCCACUUGUUUCAUCUGUGUUGCAUCGACAAGUGGAUUUCCAAGCAAAGGUCUUGCCCUUUAUGUAGAAGUCCCAUAGUUCAGGUGAAUUAAUCAGGUUAUGCAUUCUUUCAGUCAGGUAGUUUAAGCAGGUCGCCAAUUCUUUCAUUUCUUGGUCUUGGUCUUGGUCGAUGGUGAACAUGCUAUAAGACAGCUUCUGUAUUGAAAACGCAACACCUGUAAACAUAUCCAAACAGAAGGGUCACAAAUUGUACUUAAACACAACUCCCUUCAUAUGUACCUUUUGUUAGGACAGGCUAAUAUGUCGACACUUGUCAAAGACAUUCAUGGACUUUGCUCAAGCAACUGUUGACAUGUCAUGUAUGCAUUUCCGCUUAUCCUUUUGG